GAUCCAACUCAUCCAAGUGUAGAGUUUAGUCUUAGUAUGUUGCUACUGUUCUGGAUGUUGGGAACAGUCACAGGAGGAAUACUCAAGAUGAAUGUGGGAUUGCCAGAGAUCAGUGAUGGAUACUAUACUAUUAAAAAGCGUAUGCAUGAGGUUCAUUGAGAGAUGGAUCCUUCUCUAAAAACGCUACAACGCAGUACGCUAGCUCUGGAUGGUACUCGACAGACUUUGCACUUUAUGCAACGGCAACAGCACCUUGAAGGAAGGUCUUGUGCUCUUCCUUGAUUGGGAUUUCGAACCCGUGGAUGAUGGAUCCCAGGAUCUCCAGCAGGUCAGCCACACCGUUGUGUCUCUCAGUCUCUUAAAGCUGUAGAAAUAUUGUUGAUCUCUUCCCUGAUAUAGGCCCGGAGUCCUAAAAAUUUCCUGUGUUCGGUGUAAACUGGUUUUCAGGAAAUCACGCUCUCUGAUAAAAAUCAUAAAAGACCUGAGGCCGAAUAUAAAGAACUUGAGCCACAGCUUAAAUAUAGAUGCCAUUUCAAAUAUGCAAAAAUAUUUGCAAAAUUACAAGGAGCCCAGUUACAAGGAGAUUGAUGCCAGCUACAAGGAGCCCAGCUACAAGGAGCCCAGCUACAAGGAGAUUGAUGCCAGCUACAAGGAGCCCAGUUACAAGGAACCUAGCUACAAGGAGAUUGAUGCCAGCUACAAGGAGCCCAGCUACAAGGAGAUUGAUGCCAGCUACAAGGAGAUUUAUGCCAGCUACAAGGAGCCCAGCUACAUGGAUUCCAGUUACAAAGAUGCCCCAAAGCCAGAUCUUCUUUAUCGUCGGGCUGAGGCUGAUGGAUAUUAUGGAUAUGCGGCUAGAGGCCAACCUAAGUAUUCUGCUGAAUCUUCCUACAAACCUGGUACAAGGAAAGUUUCUCAUCCCAUGGAAGUUACUGGGUAUAAAGGAUAUAAAGAUGUUUUUGUAAGCAAAGAUGUGAUUACUCCGAUUGAAUCUAAGACUAUGGAUUUAAUAGUAGUUGACUCUUACAAGACUUCCCGUUCUGAAGAUGCUUGUGUAGACUAUAAGUAUCAUGUUCUGUCUGCUAUUGAACUGUUGGAUGUUAAUAAUGAGACCUGUAAGGACCAGUACAGGGAUUUAAGAACCGGAGUAGCUGAUAGAACUCUUUUUGAUUAUUGUCUUGAAUCUAUCUUUGUCAAGGACUCCGGCCUAUAUCAGGGAAGAGAUCAACAAUAUUUCUACAGCUUUACGAGACUGAGACACAACGGUGUGGCUGACCUGCUGGAGAUCCUGGGAUCCAUCAUCCACGGGUUCGAAAUCCCACUCAAGGAAGAGCACAAGACCUUCUCUACUUCUCUACUUUUUAUUUAUAGAAAGUAUUUUUAUUUUAUGUACAGGUUGAAAGUUUGAGCACUCGAAGCGUUUUUAGUUACCUAUUAUUUAAAGAUUGUAAUGUUGAUUCACAAAGGUACCCUUGAAAUCAUAAUACUGUGAAAGCUAAGCAUAUAUUCAUCAAGUAUCGUAUGAAAUUGAGAAGUUUAUCCUGAAGCGACUGCAUUCUAUUUUGCCGAAUUUUAUUUGGUGUCUCAUAAUUAUAUGAACCAUUAUUUUGCUCUCUUUCUUUAAGGAUCAGUAAGCACAAUUUUAUUUUACCUUAAUGCAAUGCGGCAACUUAUGUACAACUGUACAAUUGUACUCUCAACGAUACUUAAUAAAUAUGGAAUAGAUUUUAAUCCAUUUUUCCACAGUAGGUAUCCCUCAGUGAUUUGCGCAUUUCGUGCUCUUAAGAAACAAAUAAAUUAUUAGAAAAGAA